AAAAGUGAGUAAGGGGAGAAGCUCGUAGGCGACAGUCACUUUUCAAACCAGUCUGCAGGUGGUAGACUAUCUCUCAUCGAAUAUUUUUUAUUUUUUUUUGCAUGAUGUAACAAAGAUUGUUUUCUCAACGAAAAUAAAGUAAUUGUAAGGGAAUAGCACGGUGGCGUAGCCAGUUUAUUUUCAAUGUAGCUGGACACGGAAUAGUUGCUCUGUUGACUCUGUAGCCAGCCUAUAUUUUACACGCAGCUCUCCAUUUUUCAAAGGAUAAUGAUGGACUUCAAAUGGACACUAAUGAGUAAUUAAAUGCUAUGAAAAUAGGGGUGCCUAUUCAGUUGAAGUAUUUCUCAUUCAUUCAUACGCGUUUGGCGCUAUAAUUAUGGAUAAUUUUUUCAGGAGAAAGAGGAUAUUGAAAACUCUCCUGAGCUUGUCUCUCGUUUUUGCGUCUUUAGUGAUGAUUUCAAAGUUCAAGCUUGUGGAUAACAGCAUCAAGGACGAUAUGGAGGUUAAAAGCAUGGGACACGCCGGUUGGUGUGGACCUGAGUGUGAUUUAUACAAAGGAAAACGCAUAUUGAAAAGCAGUUUGGGAAACUACUCGCCGCCAGUUAUUGGUGAUGAUUUGGAUGCGCCACGGAUGACCGUCUCCAACACUACUGCUUCUACUUGGGAUGUACACGUUAUGAACUGCAGUGAAGAUUCAGCCGUAAGGGAAAACGAUUGGUUUCGACGUUUGGACACGAGGUUCCACCAGUUUGUGUUGCAUAGACAUUGUCGAUAUUUCCCAAUGUUGAUAAACCAUCCGGAUAAGUGCAGGAAUGGAGACGUGCACUUGCUUAUGGUGGUGAAAUCCGUUAUAGAACAGCACGAUAGGCGAGAGGCAGUGCGCAAUACCUGGGGUAGGGAACAAACUAUUGAUGGUAAGAGAAUAAAAACGCUGUUUCUCCUUGGAAGCGCUACAAAUGGCAAAGACACUAAAAACCUUCAAAAGUUGAUUGAGUAUGAGGACAUGAUAUAUGGAGACAUUCUCCAAUGGGAUUUUAUGGACACAUUUUUCAACCUCACCUUGAAAGAGGUAAAUUUUCUGAAAUGGUUUGAUAUUCACUGCUGCAGUGCCAAGUUUAUAUUCAAAGGGGAUGAUGACGUUUUCGUGAAUACAAAUAACUUGCUGGAACUUAUUCGUUUCAAGACUGAGGACCGCAAAGUUGUAAAUGUAUUUGUUGGGGACACCAUCUCCAAAGCCAUCCCCAUCAGAAACCGCCAGAGUAAAUACUACAUCCCCAAAGAGCUGUUUGACAGACCGUACCCACCUUAUGUUGGUGGUGGUGGGUUUUUAAUGUCCUCACAAUUAGCUCGGAGACUGUUCGUGGUUUCAGAGGACUUGGAGCUCUAUCCGAUUGAUGAUGUCUUUUUGGGAAUGUGCCUCCAGAAGCUUCACUUGGCACCUGAGAUGCACCCGGGAUUUAGGACCUUUGGCAUCAUGAAACGCAGAGUGAGCCCAAUGAACAGCGAACCGUGCUUUUUCAAAAACCUAAUCGUAGUCCAUAAACUGAGCCCUCAGGAGCUACUCAUGAUGUGGAGCGUAGUAGAAAAUAAGGAGCUGGUUUGCGCCAAAAGGACUGCACCAUGAGUGUCAACCUACAGCUCAAAAGGACUCAAAGGUUAUGCAGAAAUAUUGUAAGAUUUUAUAAUUGAAUUGUAAUAUUUGUAUGUAGGCCUAGUAGGGCACUAAAAAUAUCCAACUAAGAAAGAAUGUGAGAACAAUCAUGCAGUGAUUUUUUUUAAACAAAUGUUUAUGAAUGACAUUCUUUCAUUCUCACCUCCCUGUUUGUAAUGUUUUUUCUAAUGUAGAUGGGUAGACCCAAAUCCCAACAGGAAAACCAAAAAAGUAAAUGCACAUUCCUUAGGUCUACAAGAUGAACCACUUUUUCAGCCAAAUCUGUAAAUAAAUGGCAGCCUUUGACACUGAAAAACCCUUUUCAUGCUACAGUUUUAGUGCUUUUGAGAUGAUGGAUGUGUUUGUAACACUGAAAAGGUGGAGAUUACAUGAAAAUAGAAUUAGGUACAAAAUCUAUAACACAUUGAAUUAUAUUUUAAGAGUCAAAACUUGUUUUUGGUUUGAUGUUUGUAACAGAUUCAAUAAAUAUGUAUUUGUUA